AUGGUUGGAAAAUUUUUGGACAAGACUUUGUUUGUAGCGGUUAUUGGAUACAUAGUCUACAAUGUGUAUACCUUUUAUGAGAUGUUUUCACCAUCCACUUGUAUUGACACGAAAUCGUGCGUUUUCCCUGCCUAUCCUGGCAAUGAGAUAAUAAUCAUUGAAGGUUGCUUCUCCGAAGGCAAAGGAUGCAUCUCCUCUCAUAAAUUCGCUAUUCCGCCAUUCGAUAGUCAUCAAGGUGUGAAAUGGACUGGUGAAGUCGAGGUUCCAACCACCAUUUUCAAAAAUGGUACUGCUACCUGUAACGUUCAAGUUCGAACCCACAAAAACGACAGCUUAUUUACGGGAGAUGUUAUGAUUACCACCCAUCGGGAACCUUCCCCAAAAUCUCGUAACUUGCUGUCUCCUCAGAAAAGCAGCGUAUCGGGGACAUUUAGGCCUACGGCUCAUUGGUUAUCCCACCUGGAAGUAUACAUUUUGAAGGAUACUGUUGCAUUUCCGAUGAAUGCUGUUCCACACGAACUGAUGCCAUAUUUCUACGUGUUUCGGAAAAAAUCGGAACUCCUAUAUCUUCCUCUCUUCCUCGUAGAUCCACAAUUGCAGCCGACAUAUUACUGGCUGGAAUUGCCCGAAAAUCCCACAAAAAGGCUCAAUUUUACGAUUGAAGUCAUCCCUCUUUCGAUAGGAAGAUUUCGCCUUAGAUGCAUGCUUGCACAGGCAGCAAAACAACUGAAAGUCAUGGGUAUCAAGGAUAAAGAUAUAGAUGAUAUACAGGGUAUUUUUACUGAAACUAAUCUUUAUCUCUUAUUGACUACGGUAGUUGUAUCAGUGUUUCACUUAUUUUUCGACUUCCUCGCAUUCAAAAAUGAUGUACAGUUUUGGAGAAACGCCGAAAACACGACUGGCAUAUCUAUUCGUACAAUUGUCUGGCGGUGCAUUAGCACGAGCAUAAUAUUCCUUUACCUAUACGAAGAGAAGAGCAGCUUACUCGUGGUAGUCCCCUCGGGCAUUUCAAUGGUCAUUGAGUUUUGGAAGCUCUGCCGCAUGACCAAGGUGUCCUUCAGUCUCCGUGGUGGUGUCUUUGUGGGUCAGCGCAGCAAAGAGGAGCAGGAGACCGAUGAGUUGGACGCAUAUUUUGUGUGGCGCUUAAUGUAUUUUAUGGUGCCUCUCUGUGUCGUCGGUGCUGUCUACUCCCUCCUCUACAUGCCGCAUCGAAGCUGGCGGUCGUGGAUUCUACAGACUGCUGUAAAUGGUGUCUAUGCAUUCGGUUUCCUUUUGAUGACUCCUCAAUUAUUUAUCAACUACAAGCUCAAAUCUGUAGCCAAUUUGCCAUGGCGUGCACUUACCUACAAGGCCUUCAACACUUUCAUUGAUGAUUUCUUUGCAUUCAUCAUCAAAAUGCCAACCGCACAUAGGGUAGCGUGCUUCCGGGAUGACGUUGUUUUUGUCAUCUACAUGUAUCAGCGAUGGCUGUAUCCGGUUGAUCAUACACGAGUAAGCGAGUUUGGGCAGCUCGAUGCCGAGAAGGGAUGCGAGAGGAACGUUGGGACGUCGUCGCUCAAAAAGUUAAAGACCGCCUAA